CUCCGCGUUUCCUCUGCAGGACUACACCCUGACCAUGUACUUCCAGCAGGCGUGGAGAGAUAAACGCCUCUCGUACUCGGAGAUCCCUCUCAACCUCACGCUGGAUAAUCGGGUGGCAGAUCAGCUGUGGGUCCCGGACACGUACUUCCUAAACGACAAAAAGUCCUUCGUUCAUGGUGUGACGGUGAAAAACAGGAUGAUCCGCCUCCAUCCGGACGGCACGGUGCUCUACGGGCUGAGGAUCACUACAACUGCGGCCUGCAUGAUGGAUUUGAGACGAUAUCCGCUGGACGAACAAAACUGUACUCUGGAAAUCGAGAGCUACGGCUACACGACGGAUGACAUCGAGUUUUACUGGCGAGGAGAAAACAGCGCCGUGGCAGGAGUGGAGAGAAUCGAGCUGCCUCAGUUCUCCAUCGUCGACUACAAGCUCAUAGCCAAGAAGGUGGUUUUCUCUACAGGUGCGUACCCUCGCCUGUCCCUCAGCUUCAAGCUGAAGAGGAACAUCGGCUACUUCAUCCUGCAGACCUACAUGCCCUCCAUCCUGAUCACCAUCCUGUCCUGGGUCUCCUUCUGGAUCAACUACGACGCCUCCGCAGCCCGAGUCGCUUUAGGUAUUACGACCGUGCUCACCAUGACGACCAUCAACACACACCUGCGAGAGACGCUGCCUAAAAUCCCGUACGUCAAAGCCAUCGACAUGUACCUGAUGGGCUGCUUCGUCUUCGUCUUCCUCGCCCUGCUCGAGUACGCGCUCGUCAACUACAUCUUCUUCGGACAGGGACCUCAGCGGCAGAAGAAAGCGGCGGAGAAAGCGUCCAACGCCAACAACGAGAAACUCAGGAUGGAUCCCAACAAGUGGUUGAUGGGAAAUGUAGUUCAGAGAAACGAUGCUCUGUAUGCCAGAAUGAAACCGAGGGAUAUUGACGCUCAUGACUCGAUGUGGGAACCGAUCUUUGUGGACGAUGCGGCGAUAGGACUAGGCGAGCAAAAAAAUAAGAUGGACCCUCAUGAGAACAUCCUCCUCACGCCUCUGGAGAUGAAGAACGAGAUGUCUCCGUCUGAGUUAGCUCUGGGUCUCGGCGACCCGCGCAGCACCAUGCUAGCGUACGACAGCUCGGCGCUACAGUACCGGAAAGCGGGACUCGCUCGGCAGAACUUCGGACGGAACGCGCUGGAACGUCACGUCACUCAGAAGAAAAGUCGGCUGCGGAGACGCGCCUCGCAGCUGAAGAUCACCAUCCCCGACUUGACUGACGUGAACUCGAUCGACAAGUGGUCGAGGAUGAUCUUCCCCACCGUCUUUUCCUUCUUCAACGUCGUCUACUGGCUCUACUACAUCAACUGAGCGGGACGUUUGAUUUGUUUUUCUCGUUUCGAUUUGUUUCCUGCUGUUUAUUUUCGUAAUCCUGUGUUCCACUACUGUUCAUAACGUAAGCGUCGGGACGAAUCAGGCACCGAGAACGAUGUAGCUGAAGCUAAUUAUUCGCUAUAUCGCUAACUAGCUAGCGGUAUUAAGUAACAGGAGUUUGAAUUUGAAUGUAGCUAGCAUUUUAUUCCUCGUUUACUGCAGUUUUUUUAAUUGUUUUUGCUAUUUUGAAAAGGAAACUGAGAGAAAUGUAGUUAUUAAGUAUUAGAGAAAUCUUUAUAAGGAAGUGUUAAGUACAGUAUUGGAACACAGACGAAUAUUUUAAUAUUUUAUUACCUUAACUUAUAAAAAACGAAUGCUAGUUUAUCGUUUAGCAUUCCUUAAUUGCUGGCUAACGCGACUACACUUAAACAGACCACGCCUUCUACAGGUGUUACGCUUCUACAGGUGUUACGCCUCCUACAGGUUGUUACGCCUUCUACAGGUGUUACGCUUCUACAGGUGUUACGCCUCUACAGGUGUUACGCUUCUACAGGUGUUACGCCUCCUACAGGUGUUACGCUUCUACAGGUGUUACGCCUCCUACAGGUGUUACGCUUCUACAGGUGUUACGCCUCCUACAGGUGUUACGCUUCUACAGGUGUUACGCUUCUACAGGUGUUACGCCUCUACAGGUGUUACGCCUCCUACAGGUGUUACGCUUCUACAGGUGUUACGCCUUCUACAGGUGUUACGCCUCCUACAGGUGUUACGCUUCUACAGGUGUUACGCCUCCUACAGGUGUUACGCUUCUACAGGUGUUACGCCUUCUACAGGUGUUACGCUUCUACAGGUGUUACGCUUCUACAGGUGUUACGCUUCUACAGGUGUUACGCUUCUACAGGUGUUACGCUUCUACAGGUGUCUUAGGUUUUACAGUCAAUUCUACAGUCUGUUUCAAUGUUUACAUUUACUUAUUUAUUAUAAUUUUUUUUCUUGUUCAACUUAUACACAAUUUCACGUCCUUCUUACGAUAAUAUUAAGUGAAACUGCCAGUGAGUGAAAUUAACUCAUUAAUUGAUUUUUCUAUUUUUGAUUUGUUUUUAUUUUGUAAUAUGUAGAAGUAUCACGUUGUGUAGUUUAAUUAGAGAGUAGAAUAGUUUUUAUAUUUUUGUUUUUUACACUACGUAAUUGAUAUUUUAUUAUUAUUAUUAUUAUUAUUAUUAUUAUUAUUAUUAUAUUUUUUAUUAAAUUGUAAUGCAAUUUUAAUUAAUUAUUAAUUAUUUUAUUAAUUAUUAUAAGUAUUAUUAUUAUUAUUAUUAUUAUUAUUAUUAUUAUUAUUAUUAUUACAUUACUGCAAAAUGAAGAAGGAAUUUUUACUUUCAUUACUUUAGACAAGCUGCUAUUCUUCAGCUUCAUUAAACAAUUUAAUUAAAUUUUUAACUAAUUAAUUAAAUAUGUUUAGAUCCUUAAAUUUUUAGGUCAAUUGUAUAAAAAAAAAAUUACAGAUAGUGCAAGGACGAUUCGAGAGGUUCAGUGAGGGCUUUAAAAAAAUACAAGAAAUAUCUAAUUUAAAAAAUUGCAUUUGGUCAGAAUUUUUUCAUAAUUUUUAAAUAAAUAAGUUUUUAAAUUAUUUAUUUUAAUUAUUAUCUGAAUUUUUCUUUUGUUCUUUUUUUUUCAUUCUGUAUUUUCUGAACACAGCCAGCAGUUAAGGAGUCUGGAAAAGAAAUUAAAACUAAUUAAAUUUUUCUUUUUUUUGCUCUAUUUUUUGUAAAUACAUGCUGUAUAGGAUUGUUAUAUGUAUUCGAAUCAAGUACGCAUUAUUACUAUUAAGCAUAUAUAUGUGUGUGUUUACAUACGGAAUGAUCUGUUUCUUUAUAAAAAUGUGAAAGAUAAACGCCUGAAGGAAUCGCGGGGGAAAGACACCGACGUCGUGGACUGUACAGAGUCUUUCUCUCCGUCUGGAAAGUUUCACUUUAUCAGGAAAAAAAAGGACGACUUGAAUCUGCUCUUCUUACCUUUUACGCCGGAGGAUGUAAAUAUUUCUGUCGAACCUUCAGACUAAACGCCUGUAAGUGAUGAAGCACAAUAAGGAGGGGUUUAGAGGGAGGAGGAGAGAAAGGGUUAAUAACGCUCUCUGUCACGCUUUUAUUCAUCACACGCUACAGCUGCGCUUUAAAUUAUUUAUUUAUUUAUUUACUAAAAGCGCUUUUAUUUAAAAUAAUAAACUCUAAUAAUGUCUCAUAAUCCUCGAAUAAAACGUGCCGAUAAUCAGUCGUGUGUCGUACUGCGAUAUUUUAAACACAUGAUGUUUCACUUCCUGUGCUUUUAUACAUCUCAUACAUCACUUCCUGUGUUUUUAUACAUCUCAUACAUCACUUCCUGUAUUUUUAUUCAUCUCGUACGUCACUUCCUGUGCUUUUAUUCAUGUCUCAUACGUCACUUCCUGUACUUUUAUUCAUGUCUCAUGCAUCACUUCCUGUACUUUUAUUCUCAUUAAAUGUCAUGUUUGUAGAUCACCAGAGGCUGUUUCCAUGGAUACAUUUAAACAGAAGUCGUUACCGUGGUUACAUUUAGUAUGAAGUUGUUUCCAUGGUUACGUUCAGCCAGAAGUCAUUUCUAUUACAUUUAAUCUGCAGACGUUUCCAUGGUUACAUUCAGCCAGAAUUUGUUUUAUUGCUGCAUUUAAACAGAUGCAGUUCCCAUGGUUACGUUUAUUCCCUAAUCGUUCCCAUGGUUACGUUCAGCCGGAAGUCAUUUCUAAGGUUAAGUUUAGUCUAAAGUCAUUCCCAUGGUUACAGCUAGUCCUAAAUCGUUUCCAUGGUUACGUUCAGCCAGAAGUCAUUUCCACUGCUACAUUUAGACAGAAUUCAUUUCAUGGUAACAUUUAGUCCAGAGUCGUUUCCAUGGUUACGUUUAGUCUAACGAUUUUUCCAUCGUUACCUUCAGAAGUCAUAGUCAGAGUUCCUGGUUUACGUUUAGAGAGACGCAGUUUCCAUGGUUACAAUUAGUCCUGAAUCGUUUCCAUGGCUGCAUUCCGCCAUACGUCGUUGCUAUGGUUACAUUCCGUCUGAAGCUGUUUCCAUGGUUACAUUCAGCCAGAAAUCCUUCCUAAAAGUAUUUUACUGUAAUAUCGGCACAGGUGUAGAUGUUGUAGUUAGCGUAGCUGUAGUUAUAAGAGUCACUUUUCUUCAUCAUAAUAAUAUUAAUAUUAAUCAUGUGACCUGCGCUGCUGUACACUAAUAAAUUUAAAGCAUAUUUCAGUUAUAUAUUUAAUAUUUAUUAGCAGUUUAAAACGUUUAGCACACUAUCAUAAGUAGCACUUAGGCGACACCAAGCUAGCUAGCUAACAUCCUGACAGAUAAACGGGUCAUUAGCAGCUGGAUGAAGGUAGAAAUGAAGAUUAAACAGGAAGUCUCGUUAGCAUGCAGAGCGCGUUGUCUGUAACGACACAAACACAAACGAGACCUUCGUGUAAUUUUGCCCUGAUUUAUUUAUUUAUUUAUUUAUUUAUUUAUUUAUUUCUAUUGCUUUACUCUUUAUCUCUCUAUCAUUCAGACGCUGUAUAGAAUUUCACGCUAGCGAGAUCGUUUCUGUUGAACUGUGUGUUAUUAGCGACAGGACGAGAGCAAUCAGGGCUUCCUGUGUAAAUACGGCGCAGCGCUAAAAACCCGAUUAUUGUAAAUACGCUUCAAUUUCUAAUGUUUUAUACUUUACUGUAACGGCAUGGACGACGGCAAAACGGACAAAUCAUACUGUAAAUAUAAACAAACAAACAACAACAACAACAACAACAGCAACAGCAACAACACAAACCCAAGAGAGAGAGAAUGUUCUUUCUGAUUGCUUUGUGCUGCUGAUUUUAUGACUUUACUGAAAACACUGGAAAAUAAACGAUCCGCCAUCAA